AUGCGUUCUACCAUCUCUCACGGAUUAGCCAUUGUCGCCGUGAUGGCACAGGCGGUCAACACCCUCGACCUCCCCGAGUACGCCGGGCUCAAGACGUCCCAAAACGCCAGCGUCCUCACGGUGACGUUCCACAACCCGUCGUCCCCCAUCAACCUGUGGAACCAGGACACCCAAGAUGGUCUGACAGACCUCGUCUCCCGUCUCCAGGGCGACAACGAGACCAAGGUCGUCAUCUUCAACAGCGACUUCGCCGAGACUUUUGGGACUCUCAUCUACAACAUAUCGAGACUGCCGCAGGUCACGAUUGGGGCCGUCGAGGGCCGGGCUCGCGGCGCAGGCAACGAGCUCCUCGUCUCUCUCGACAUGCGCUUCGCUACCAAGGGCGAGAGCCUCUUCGGCCAGCCCGAGGUCGGCAGCGGCCUGUUCCCAGGUGGAGGCGGCAGCCAGUUCCUCCCGGGCCUGAUCGGUAGGGGGCGGGCUAUGGAAUACGUACUCAGCUCGAGUGACAUCACGGCCGAGGACGCCGCGGCGAUAGGCUGGAUCAACCGCGCCUUCGACACGUCGGCCGAGAUGUACGGCUUCGUCGACCAACUGGCGCGGCGCCUCAGCCUGUUCCCGCUGUCAGCCCUCAGCGGCGGAAAGCAGACCAUCAACCGUGCCUCGGCACCGUCGCUCGAACACAUCGUUGCGGACGGCAAGGAUUUCUUCGAGCAGCAGGCGCGCCCUGAGGUCCAGGCUAUCGGGCGACGCUCGGCGGAGCUGUAUGGGAAUACAUCUGCGGUAGACUUGGAACUAAACCUUCCCGACACCAUCCCGCGUUUUUACCAGUGA